AUGGACUCUGGUGGCAGUUCUCCCAGGCUGGAUGCCAGCUUUCUCGUGGUGACUGGGGCCUUUCAGAUCGUCUUUGUGUGCAGGCUGGUAUACUCCGGGCUGCGCCACCGAGGCUACCUGUGCUCUGCGGCCCGAAGCAUCAUAAAGACUGUGGCACGGUCAUUCCAGCGACCGAAGCUGGCUGACGAUGAACGGCUCGUGCUGGAACAACUGAGCCAGGUUCGUUUACAUAUAACUCGCUGGUAUGUCAAGUGCGGGUGCGUCAUGCUUGCAUUACCUCUGUGCUUCGUCCAGUGGAAUGUGCUGAUGGCCAGCCAGAGACCUACUCAACUGCCAGCUAGUCUCACUUGGUCGUGGGCCGGGGUUUUCUGCGUCUGUACUGCUGUGGACAUGUUUCCGGCUGUCCUUUCUGUGCGAUAUCUGAACAUGUACUAUGCAUUGGCAUCAGUCGUCUGGGCAGCGCAUCUAUCUCCGUGGCAUGUGACACCUGAGCGAAGCGCAGAGAUCUCUCUCUUCAUUCUGGGCCUCGGCCGCGUGCCCGCAGUUGGUAUUGCUACUUCCCCGGUCGUGGUCGCUGCAUGCAGCCUCUUGCCGCUGCUAGUGGUGCUAUUCCGUGCGGGCACGGAAGCAAUGCCACCCGUCAGCAUUUUUGCAGAAGUCUGCGGCUUCGUCGCAACCGUGUGCGCCUCUGCAUCGUUGCAGCUUUUGCUGAGUUAUCGGAUAGAGCGCAGUCUGCAGUACAAGAAGAUGGAAACGGACUUCAACGCUGCAUCAUCUCUUCUGCACCUGACUUGCGACGCCGUGGUCGAGCUGGAUGCUGAUCUGCGAAUGACAGAGCACAAGGCCUCCCUCUCUGCUAUGCUUCUCCGAUGCCGGUCAGGAGGCACCUUGGCUGGCAUGGACUUCACGGACUUGCUUGCAGGUGCUGCUGAGGCCAGCCGUGUUGUGGAGUUGCUGCGGCGCUUCGAAGAUUGUUCCCCUGAGAGCGUAAAUGCCCAGGCCUUUCUGACGCAUCUCAUGGAUAGCGACUACAAUAGGUUUCGCACGGAAAUUUUUCAAGUAAUGUAUCACACACCGCAGGGUGUCGCUAGGCACCUCAUUGGCCUCCGCGACGUUACAGACCAGGACUCCUUGGCAGGCAGCAAAGUUGUCGAGAGCAUGCUCAUUGCCCCUCGCUCCAUCACACCCAUGUCUGCGGGGGCAUGCAGCUCCCUGGACUCACAGCCGAGUGCGCCUGCAGCGCCAUUGCAGACGGGUGCUCUUGCUGAAGACCGGUUUCUUUCGAUCCUAAUCGACAUGGACCUUCAGAUAGUCCAAGCAUCAUCGCUGCUGCCCUGCCUGGGCAAGCAUCCGGCAUCCUUGUUCUCUGCGGCUGGAGUGGAGCUUCUGGAGCGGAGUUGGCGUGAAAUGGACACUGGCAGCUCUGCUUUGUCAUUCUCUGCGUUGGAGAUACGACUUGACGCAGCAGAUGCUUGUCAUCUCGUCAGCGGCACUUUGCAGCUAGUUCAAUCAACAAGUGGCUCUCGGAACCUGCUGCUGGUUUGCAUCGCACCGCUGAGUGUCCGGAUGGCUCCAAAUUGCGAAGUCGAAGCCGACGUGGUUUCUCUCUAUUUUUGA